AUGCUGCGAUGUCUGCUGGGGGUCGCCCUGGUCCCUGUCAAGGCUCGCGUUCUGGAGUCCAGGUCCGACGAAGACGCGCUGCUGCCCGCCGGGGCUCUGCCUUCCUCGGCCACGGAGAACGUGCGCGGCGCUUACGCUGGAUUCCUCUCCUGUGUGACGCCGCAUCCAGGCCGCUGCCCGCACGGACCGCAGUGGGUGUCCUGGAGCCUUCUCAGCGCUGGAGCAGUGUGCAUCCGUGUUCUCAUUCAUCCCUGUGCUAAUCCUGUGCAUGAGCAGACGGCAGGAGCGAGCGACCGUGAAGGAAGCCAAGAGUUCUUUCAUAAAGACGGCGGAGAGGCCAUGUUUCCUGAUUCCUGUUUCUAUACGAGCCAUAUGUAA